GGGUACGAUGUUUUUGUUGUGAGCCCCAAUGUGAUUUCCAUGCCGUUCUACGAGAAAAGCUCCUCGAAGGCGUCGAACGUUUUUCUCUGUGCACUCUGCUCCCUCAUUGCAGUGAAUUGUGUAUAAAGGGAAAAAAUAUUGAAAUAAUUUGUGAAAAAUUACCCCAGAAUUGUUUUCAAAGUGUCCGACAGUGAAAUCGACUCCAAAUUGUGAAUUUUCCGUGUUGAAACUGUGAGUGGAGCAAAAGAAGAAAAAGCCCACGCUUUUCUCUCGCCCAAAAAGUGUUGGAAGCUUUUAAUGCGUUUCAUGUGAAAACACUCAAGAGCCAUAUUUUCUCUUUGCAAAAUAUAAAUGUGAAAAAUAUGAAACAAAUUCGGAAAACUCUAGCCUUGUGAAUUUUUCUUUUUUAAUCUUUAAUUUGAAAAAAAAAUCUCAUUGAUUUUUUUGUGAAGGAAAAUUUUGGAAAGAAAAACUGUUUUAGGUGAAAAUUCUGAGCUUUUUAGUGGAAUAAAACGCAUUUAAAGAGCGCACGACGCAAAAAGCGGGAGACGUGGACGAGAAAAAGGAGUUGUGUGGCGUCUGUAAGUAGAUUUUAUUACGUAUCAAAAAUAAUUCUCUACCCCCCCAACAAAUUGGUGUGGGUGGAAAGAAUUCAAGGAUUUUCCAUUCGACGCCACCCACAGACUUUUCAUCCCUCUCAUGUUUUUUUUUCAAACUUAUUAUUUGUCUAUCCCAUGAAAAUAUCGCACAGCUAAACAUUUUCUAUCUUCUCUUUUCGUUAGAAAAAAAAAACGUUAGAAAAAUCCAAAGGUUAUGAAGCCUAAAAUUUGUGUUCCUGUUUGUAAAUUGUAUGAGGGAAAGUCUAGGAAAACCCCGUAGGAAGAAAAUUCACCCACCCAUACGGUACAUGAUGGUUUUGCGCCAAAUUUUUCCCACCACCCAACUGCGCCUCACAUUUUCUCCCGAAUUACGUAACAUUAUUUAGUGUCGUUGGUAUAUCAAUUUCACUUAAUAUUGCAUUUUAUUUAUUGGAUUUUAAUACUCCGACGAGACCCUUUUUUCGAGCUUUUUUUUUGGGUCGUCCAUUGGAAUUUGUGGGGGUGGAUUAAGUAAUAAGGAGGGGUUCACAGUCUUCUCUGCACUUUUUUUCUUCUUCUUACUCCUCCAGCCACCCAUCGUCUCAAUAUAUACAACCGCAAGAUGGUACGAAAGAUGGGGUGAAACUUAUGUGUUGGAGGCGAAUUGUGUGAAUUUUUCUCGAAGAAAAUUUUCAGUGUGGGAUUCCUUAAAUUCGAGACACGUAGUCGUGAAGUUUUCUAAUGAAAUCCCCCUCAUCCUUUCGGCAUGUCAUUUGUUUGCCUUCUGCCAUGUGUGAGAGUCGCUUGCGGGGGAGGGGGGUGGUAAUACCGAUAGGGGCGAGAUCUUCUCAAGAAAGAAAAAAAAACGAGAAAAUUCUGAAGCUAAAAUUUGCAGUUUUGCAGGGUCUGUCGAUUUCAUGCCAAAGUUUCAUUUAUGUCCGACUUUUUUUUUCUUCGUCCAGCCAUCCAAGGCUCUCCUCAUCUCCUUCUGGAGACUCCCGUUGAGGCACGUACACGAAUGUUUCCACCUUGUUGUCCGCUAUUGUCGCCAUCGACGUCAAAUGGGGGACAUAUAUUAAAAAUUCACUGAGAAUAUGAGAUACUUUCCAGAUGGGAUUCUAAGUUUUGCAGCUGCACACUCGUAAAAAAUAAGAUCCAGGAUAACACUUGUGGCGAAUUAAUGAAUCUAAGAAAAACAGCUCUGACUUUGAAUAACUUUGCUUUAAUUGAAAUAAUUAAUUUAAGUUUAAAAAAAAUCCUAUUUAAAGUAUUUUGGAAGAAAAUUUAUCACUAAUAAAAAUUGAAUCCUUAAAGGAUCAGUUUUAUUAAUAAAAAAAAACUUGAAGUACCUGAUCAAAAAGCUGCAAAAUUCUCGAAUUAUCUCUUUAAAAUUUUAUUUGAAGGCUUCGAAGAAAUCUGAUCAUAGGUAAAAAUUAAACCCCAAAAUCAAAGAAAAUUACAUUUAUUACAAAAUUCUUUCAAAUAUCCGAUGAAGGGAUUACAAAAUUCAUAAAUUCUGUCUUAAAUCAUAUUUGAAGAGUUUUCAAAGAAUUUUUAGUACUGGUAAAAAUUAAACCCUAAUUGUUUAUGGAAUUUUUUAUUAAAAAAUUGUUUCAAAUACCUGAUGAAUGGAAAAUAAUUUUUCGAAAGUUAUCCUAAAAAUUCUCCAAUAAGAAUUUAUAAAAAAAAAUUAGCACUGGUCAAAAUCAAACCAUAAAUAUUUCAAAAAUGUUUAGUUUGAAUUAGCUCGUAAAGAAAAAGAAAAAUUAAGGAUUAAAGAAGGGAAAAUAAAAUGUCUCGCUUCAAGAAUAAGAUAGUUUUGAAAUAAAAAAUAGAAAAAUAAUACGCGGAUAAUUAAGUUCUAAGCAAAAAUCAUUUGAAACUUAAUGAGUUCGUUUUUCAUUUCUAGUUUUUUUUUCUUGCACUUAUGUAUCGUUGUAAUAGAAAAAAUUUUAUAGUCAGCCGUGGAGGAAGUUGUGAAUUUUUUGUGUGUAGACCUAUUUCGCAAUGAAAUGAAAUACAACAUCUCGUCACAUCGUUAAAAGACAAUUUGGACCACAUAAUUCGCGAGGUAGAGCCAGUGGAGGCGCCAAGUGGUUACGGACAGUGAAGAAUGAAAAAAAAACUGCACGCAAAAUCAACCACCGCAGAAUUGCGACCAAAGGUUGCAUGGGUAGUGAUAAAAAAAAAGUGCUGAGGACACGAGAAAGGCCCGCAAGAGAGCCUUGAUGGUGUUAUUUGAAACAUGUUUUUCAGUGUUUUUCCCCGGACUCUCUUGCACGUCUGUGUGUGGGUUUUGUUUACUACUGAUUUUUUUCCCGUCGAUACUGUAUUGUAUUUUGAUGAUUGUAUAAAAAUAAUUCUCGUGGUUAAUGUUGCUUUCUUCAAUACUACGAUGUAAUGUAGUUUUGUGUGAGAAGAGGUUGCUGUUCUCGCGCAAGAAGCACACAAAAUACAGUAGAGCCUCUUAUAGAAAACAUUGUAAUUAUUUUGUACGCGCGAGGGAUCGUUGAACAACGCUACAGUGUUGUACACACGUGCCCUAUAGCUUUUGAGGUAGUGUGACUAUGUACAUUCCAUUUGGUAGUGUGCUGUAUAUAGCGAUGUAGUAGUGCUACCUAUAGUGUAGCGACGUGGUUGUUUUGAUGCGUGGAUUCCGGUGUGUAUGUACGUUGUUUGGGGCUCUCUACGUGGUUACAAAAAAAAAAGGAAUGUUGUGUGUUGAGUAUAGUGUGUGGAGUCGGAAUACGAAAAAGAGGAAGAGGAAUAAAUAAGUCGCAAAGUGUGAGAGAGAUGGGGUGUACGCAUUAGCUGGCUGUGGGAGGGAGAUAGGGAGGUAAAGGAGAGAAAAAAAAGAGAAUUAAACAUCAAAUACACGCAAAUAAUUUCAUUUUCCCGUCCUUCUCACACUCCCAAACUUGCCGCAUAUUACUGCGCGCCAUCUAAUGGUUUUUGAUAUGUAUGUGGCGGACAUAUGUAUAUAUUCAUUCUAUCUUGGGGCCAAGUCGACCGAGUCAAUGAUGUGGUAGUACCGCUCAGUCAGUUACCGAUCGUCUCAGUGGCAAUACAUAAUAAUUGCGAGUGCUAUUUCUUACGACGCAAAAGUUUUUGUAUUGUUGUUUAACUUCUCUAGCCGAGAGUGCGGUGUGUUCAUAAUACGGAGCCCUACCGUAUUUACGAAAGAAAAAAAUCUACUGCCAAUUCCAACAUUUUUUUUUCUCAUUCAAUCUACGCGCCUUUAAAUUGUCCCGGUGUGUACAAUCAAAAGAAAAAUCACCUAAAAAAAUGCUAAACAAUCCACCGAUUGGUAGCAGAAAGAUCCGCUGUGCUUUGAAAUGUUUUCAAGUUUAAAUGGGGCAAAAUCAGUCGAUUGCUAGCCCAAGUUAACUUCUAUAUAAUCCGAAUGUUUUGCAACAUAAGGAUUUUUCUGUAAUCUUUUGCAAGUGGAGUUAUUUGCAAAGAAAGAAAAACAGGGAAGCGUGUAUUUUAAUGCAACACGUGCCACCAUUACGGAGGGUUGAACAAAAAUCGUGCGCUUAGUGCAAAAACCCUUAGCAAUUGAGGGUGGAUUUUUACCAGUACUACCCAUGUGAACAAAUUUUUUUAUCACACUCCAAAAAUUUGAGAAGAUCUUUCGCUCAAAAUUAUCAAACAAUUUACUUUUACAAUUUAUAAAUAAAAGUGAAAAGGAAAGAGAAGAAGUGAGUGUUGGGGGUGGAAAACAAGUGUGUGUGUGUGGAAAAAUUCCCUCCAAAAAUAAUUUUCCGCGAUUUUUGUGCAUUGUGUGAGGAGGAAAAAAAAAGAAAAGAAGUUCUUUUGCGCGUUGUGCGGGGUGAAGGCGAAAAAAGGAGAAACCGACGCGCUUUGAAGAAAAAUUCAUAAUUUUUUCGUGUUUAUUUUAUUAACGUACAACACACGAAAAACCUAUAAAUAUUUUUUCUUUUGCCUUUUUUUCGUGUUAUAUAUAUUUAUGCCUGUCGAAUGUGAGAGGGAGAAAAAUUGUGGAUGGAAAAAGGCAAAAGAAGGAGAGAAAAAACGAACAAACUAAUUUAUGUGUGUUUCAUUGAAAUUUGUUAUUCUGAUUCAAAAAAAAGCACUCUUAUUGAAUUUUUUCCUCUCUCUCUCCGAGAACCACCCAAAUGAAAUAAUAAGGAAAAUAAAAAAGAUAUCUUUUCCCUUUGAGGUCAAGCAGUGUAAUUGAGUGAAGUCAAACUGUUUGAUUGAUACAAGAGAGGGUGGUUUUGUUUUACAUUAAAAAGAAAAUAAGGGCAGUGUGUGUAAACAUCAAAUUGCUAAGAGUGUAAGAAAUAAUCAUAGAGAGAGAAAAAUAUAAAGAAAAACCCAAAAGUGGCGCAAUUCUGUGACCGUAGAGUUAGAGUGAUGUUUUUGCCCCUUUUAGUGAAAAUGUGUGCUCAAUACUAAAAUUAAACAAUUAUUUAUCUUUUUGUUUGGCUAAAUCACACACACACAAACAAAAAGAAGACAAGAAAGUGAGACAAAAGGAAGGUGAAGUGAAUAAAGGAGAAAAAGAAACCUCCGUGUAUCUUCUUCACCUGGAUCCCAUUUUCAUUUGCAACACAAAUCAAAGUGGUAGCCACGACCGCUUUUGUACCGACAAGUUCUCAUGGGCCACCGUGGCGGAAACUUACCGCCGCGAUGUCCACGUCAUUUCAGAACCGAAUGUCGACGCUUGUCGCGUCGACUGCGGCCAGUGCACUAUCAUCCACAUCAGCAAUGACGGCCUCACAGACAAAUGAUCCAAAGGCAAAUGCCGGCAUCGUCCUUCAGGGCUACUACCGUAAGCUCAAGACGAUGAAGAAGAAAUAUUUUGUGCUGUACAGUGACACGAAGGAACGUUCAGCACGACUUGAAUACUAUGACAGUGAGAAGAAGUUUAAAACAAAUUUUGGUCAUCCCAAAAGGACAAUUGUCCUGCGUACGUGCUUCAAUAUCAACAGGCGUACGGAUACGAAGCAUAAAUGGGUUGUGGCCCUCUACACCAAGGAUGAUUGCUUCUGCAUUGUCUUCGAUGCAGAACAAGAUCUCAAUAUGUGGCUGAGGAAUUUGCUAUCACUGCAGCGCGGUGAUGAUUCAGCAGGUGAUCCACCGAGGCCCAAUUUUGAGCACACGUGGUCGGUUCAAGUUCAGCGCAAAGGCCUGGCUGAGGAUAAAGGAAUUAUUGGGAACUACCACUUGUGCCUCACGGAAAAAUCCUUAACGCUGGUACGUGUGGGAUCUGCUACAACAACGGGUGGAGACCAUAGAUUGGGUAGCGUUGAGUUCCUCCUCACGACGAUACGUCGUUGUGGGAAUACCCAGUGCUUCUUCUACAUGGAAGUCGGGCGGCAUAGUGCAAUUGGCGCCGGUGAAUUGUGGAUGGAGACACAGGAUCCCUUUAUUGCGGAAAAUAUGCACCAGACUAUAAUCAGUGCAUCUGCCAAUUGUAAGAGCAGGGAUGACUACAUGGGCCCUGUAAGGCCACGAUCAUCAUCGGCAAAUGAGGCAUCAAAACCCAUUUCAAUGGCAAUGCGACGUCAAACGCACGUCGGCCAGAAGCCCAUGAAUUUUUCACCAUCAGGCGAGAGUCCACCAGCAAAUACAUCAACGUUUAGUACAUGUAGUUCAGCUUGCACAGUUGUUCAGGCCCCGAAUUUCAAAAGUGCACACCAGGAUACUUUUUCAUGUGAUGGAGGCAGUCCAGAAAAGAAUCCUCUGACCUGUAGUCACGAGGAGGACAUGAUCCUAAGUCAACAUGAUGUGGCGGUUGCGGCGUCCACAUCAUGCCAUCAGCGAGCACUGUCGCUUCCAUGUGCAGCGGCAGUGCUCAGCAAUGCCGCUCCGUCCUCAUCACUUGUCACAGCAUCUGUAUCAUCAUCGAAAACUGGGUCCGGCAUUCAGCCAGUGCAUCAGCGUACACGAUCACUCCCACUCACAGAGGAGACGGCCAUCGUGGUGGCGCCGGUGCCGCGGCAAGAGGUUCGCGUUGUCAAUUGCACAUGCCCCACGGAUGGGGCACCAAAUUCCCACUGUUCGCAUAGAAUUCCACAUGGGGCCACACCCGUUGGGGUGGUGGGUACCACUGAUGGGCAUUUCAAUAAUAACCACCUCCCGCCCACGGGCUGCCCUGGCAAUUGCCCCGAGAUGAACAACAAUCGCGAUCAUCAGCGUGAUUUCCCACCGAUUGUCCACCAUCAUCUCCAUCAUCAUCACCAUCACAUGUCCACAACAUCCAUGGAGAGUAUUGUUGAGGAUCAAGCGCUCACGAGUGCCGAUGGCGAGGCGAAGAGUAGUGUUCCGGCGGCCCCUGUGAGAAAGAUGAGUGCAGGAAAGUUCCCAGGAACUUCCUCGGCUUCCUUCUCCGGUGGUUCACCCCUUCUUAUGCGUCGUACGAGAAAUAGCAAUUCGGCCAGGAGUUCAGCAAUGAAGAGGGAGCGCUGCGACAGUCUCCCGUCGCGAAAUCGCGCCAUCAGCGAGAGUAGCCAACAAAAUAACACGUCGAUGCCACCGCCGAGGUCGAUUCCCUCAAAUCGACCUCACUCCAUGUACAAUCGACACAGCAACAGCCCGCCAGUGAACUCCUGCCCGCUGAGUCCGUCUGGGGCUUGUUCCGAGAGCGACGGAUCAUCGCUCAGCAUCGAUGAGACUGAUGGUUUUGGGCAUUCGCUCACACCAGAUGAAUAUUGUCAUCAGUUCCAGAGGUAUAUGGGUGGCAUGUCACAGGAGUCAGCGAUUCUUGAGGAGAACUCCGAUGACUACUGGAACAGCGACAAGAAGCUACAUUCAAUGUAUGACAGAAAUCAUAGAUUUGGCGAGAAGGGUAUCACGCAAAAUGGAACCUCCCUGUCGCUACCAAUUACCCAGACGCAAGCCCAUCGAAAGGGUAGUCCAGCACCACCUGUGGGAUCCGUUGAGGGUCGUAGUAGCUACAUUGAGAUGUACAGUCCGUGUGGGAGUAGCCCAGGAGACCCAACGGGCUCUUCGGGCUACCUACCCAUGUCGCCGGGCGUUGACUUUGGUCGUGGCGUCUAUACAGGGAGCUCAGGGGUGCAUAGUCGUGCCUCGAGCCUUGCCGAGGAGGGUGUUGAUGGAUCGCAACAUGAUCAGUACGUGGAUAUGGAUCCAUCGCAUCGGCACCACACAAUGAGUGGGAUGAGUUCAGCAGCAUCGAGUUCCAGCAUCACAUCGGGUACACCAUCAACUGAUACGCGUUUUGCUGACUACCCCCUUGAGAAGGUCUUUGCGCGCUUCACACCCGAUGAAGAGGAUAAUUCCGUGCUGAGAGAUCGUCCAAUAAGGGCGUAUUCCGUGGGGAGUCGAAUGGAGCACAAUAAGCGCAAAUUCCGUAUUGAUCUUCUCAAUACAGACAACUCCAGUCUGCGGGCUAGGGCCUUCUCGCUGGGUUCACGUGCCAAAGUUCCGCGUUCGGAGCAGUACAAGGGUGGUAUGACGCAUACCCAAUCGACCAUUGUUCAGACAAAUCUGGCCAAUAACAAUGGAUCCACAAAGAGUGGGAAGAAAUCCUCGAGUGCCCCAAUGCUGGACAAACGGGCAAAUCCCGAACUAAUGGAUGAUUUCAUGGAGAUUGACUUCUCGCGGGGCGAUGAAGAUACACCCACGUCAACAAUGCCAAUGCCCGUACCCUCAUCUCAAUCAUCAGAAUCCUGCAAUUUCCCCCAUGAGACUGCCUACGCACGAACGGAUAGUACAGAUGGGUACGUUGAAAUGAGACCUGUGGCUAUGUCAAAGAGCCCAAGUCUCUCAAGUUCCCCCGUAAAGUCCUACAUGUCCCCCCGGACGGUUCCUCUCAGGUCAUUGGUGAAGAAUAACAAUAACGUGGAGAUGUCACCUGUUUUGGGAGGACGUCCAGUACCGAGUAGUUCCACCUUGGCCACCUCCCCAAAAGCCUCCACAACAUCUGAUGACUACCUUAAUAUGAGUCCCGUUGAGGGGAUUCAUGAGAAAAUGGAUGUGGAUAUGCCACGAAUGUCCAGCGCUCCGGAAGGUUACAUUGAGAUGUCGUGGUCCACGAAGAAUUCCAAGACAGUCAAUAAUAACACAAUUCCGGAGAAACCAGCAUCGGAUGAGUACAUUAACAUGAGCUUCCAGAAUGCCAGGCGCAAUGGGAGUGGGAAAAAGGAGUCAAAUACCCCAAGGAUGACCUCAAUGCCAAUUGCAAUUCAAGGGAAGCAGCCAAUGUAUUCCGGAAGGAGUUCUCUAACGGGGAAGGGUGAGCCGCAGCAGUCGUUUUUGCCACUAAAUACGACUGUUGCAACGCAACCACCAGCUCAUCGAUCUGAAUCAAAGGAUAGUGGCAUUGUGACACCAACAGGAUCAAAUGCCGCAAUCUUCCCCUUUAGCCCAAGUAGCCCAAUGAAACCAUUCCAACACACAGAGCCACGAAAAUGUCUCGUAGAUGGAUCAAGUGGCACAGUGAUGCUGGCAGAGGAGGAAGCAUCGCAUGGGAGUAGUGGUGUAGCCACACCAACCACCCCUGUCCCCAUGGAGGGUAUCUCAUCGGAUGAGUGCUCAUCCAAGGGAAUCCGAAAGUGUUCAGCUGAGGAGAAUCGAUACGUUGACUCAGUGGCGCAGCAAACAAAGAUUCGUCGGCUCUCCAUUGAGGUGCCGGACUAUGUUAACUGUACCCCUGUGGGUGUACGUAAAAUUACCCCAUCGGUAUCACCGCUGAGGAAUAGUGCUGAGGAUGUGGCUGGAGACUAUGUCCUAAUGAGACCAGCUGCCACCACGGUGGAGAGGGUACCACCAAAGAGAGUUACGCCGGUCAAUAAGAAUUCCAGUGAGCUCUCACUGAAUACCUUUGAGGGUUUUAUUCCCAUCGCCUCGGCGGAAGAGGAGGCAUCGCGAGAGGAUAAAGUUGUUAGCCCCCGUACGACGAAUCCAUCAUCGCUGAAGCGUCCAUUCUGGUAUGGCAAAGAGUCUGAUGGCUCUUUUGACUCUCUACGCGUAGCAUCGAGACCAAAUUCGGUCAAUAGUGACAAAAUAACGUCAAAAAUCUCGAGUUUGAGUCUCAAUCGCCCCAAUUCGGCAAAUAGUGACCACGUGCCACCAAUUUCGUCUUCCUCAUCCGCCUCAACGCUGUGCGGCUCAUCGUCAUCCUCGAGCACACUUUGCGGCAGCAAAAGUCCCUCCAGUGCCACCCUUAUGCGCCCACAAUCCUUCACGGAGUCCACAUCACGUCCGGAUUCUGCCACGGAACAAACAUCCCGCCCACCUUCCGUCACGUCUGAGCGGGAACUUCACUAUGCCAGCCUAGAUUUGCCACCAUGCAGCGCAGGCGCUGCCGGUGUGGCGCCACUAGCGCGGCAAGAGGCAGCUGAUCUAUCAUCAUCGAGCGCCUCAUCGAAAAAUGCCUCCCUUUCGGGUGACUCCUCGGCCAGUCCCAGCCCCAAUGCUGCCCCCACGGGUGCCACCCAAGUGCCGACUGUCGCCUUCAACUAUGCUCAAAUUGAUUUCACCAAAUGUGAAAAUCCCAAGGCCACUACACCAAAUUAAUAAGGUAGGACACACAGCAUUGCUAAAAACAUAAAUAUAUAUACAACAUACUCUGUCGCGCAUAAUUCCUCAAAAAAAAACUAAAUAAAUGGAGAAAAAAGAAUAUUAUUUAAAGAAUAAAAAAGAAAUAUCUCAAAAACACGAAAACUGCCACAAAAAAAAAGUUUAAAAAAAGAAAAGAAAAUAAGUUAAAAUGAUAAACUAAGAAUAAAUCCAAAGGAAAAUUACUACCUUACUAAUAUAGAUGAGUUUUAAACAAACAAACAAAAAUCUACUAUCCACUCCAAUAGAUUUUAGAGCAAAAGAGUGAGAGAUGUUUGAAAAUCUCUGUGAGAAAAAGAAAAACUAUUUUGUAGACUUUCCUAUUUUAGUGAGCUAAUCAGCAUUGCUCAUAAAAAUAUAAAAAUGCAAAAAUAGAUGAAAAAUAGCAUAAUAAAGGUUAAAAGAGGUCAAAAAAAAUUAAGGAAAAAAACGAAAAUGGUUAAAUGACAAGACUCAAUUCCUAUAUCCAUUUUUUUAUUAAAUAUAUUUACAUUAAUAUUUAUUAUUCACUCUUUGUUUUUUUUUUACAUAAAUUGUUAUUUUUUGUGUUUCUUCUUUAUUUUACACACACACAAAUACACACACCCACUAUACACCUACAAUUAUGAGGAAAUAAUCCCUUAUAAUGAGGAAAAACCUAUAUAUAAUUUCCCGCCGUCUUUCCUAUAUAAAAAAUCCAACAAUUUGUUCAUUUUUUCCCCUUUUUUGUACAAAAAAUGCAUCCAAAUCCAAUAAAUUGCUGAUUGUCGUUAUUAAAGAAAUAUUCAAAAAGAAAAUGAGAACAAGCACAGAAAUAUUAAGAUUUUAACAGUUCUGAGACACGUCAAACGUAACGUCAUGCGAAUAAAUUUUUAUUUCAAUGGUAAUUUGUGAAAAUGUGUCAGGGAAUUGAAAGAAAAAAACAAAUAGAAAAUUUUAGAUAUUGCAGAGAUAAAUUUCAGUUAAAAUUUGACAAGUUAAUAAAUGUCAGAAAUUUGACAGAUGUUGAUAAAUGUCAGAAAUUUGACAGAAGUUGACAGACGUUAAGAACACAUACACAAUGUCCAACUAACGAGACUUGAGAAACGUCAAAAACAUACUGAAAGAUCUAAAAAUAUUUAUCGAUAUUUUUUUCAAAUUAAAACUUGACAUUUUCCCCUGAAAAAUAAAAUCCAAAUUUUCAAAUUGACAGAAAGCGAUAACAGCAUUUGUGGAUUCCUUACUCACAAGACUGCUAUUUACGUAUAUAGAUGAAUUUUCUAAGGUUAAAUAGAAAAAGAUAAAAGAAAAAACUCCACGCAUGGAAUUUAGUAAAAUAAUUCUUUUUUCCUCAAUUGAAUUGCUUUAUCACAAUGCGGUGUAGGAUGCGGAAAUAUAGAGCAAGAAUGGUUCACAUUAGAUGGCAUACAAAGAAAAAGAAAAUAUUUUGGACGACAUAGAAAUAUUUAGAGAGCACUUAAAGGUGAAAAUGAGAAAAAUCCAUUAAUCUUUUGCUCUUAAACAUUUCUUCUCCCCUCCAUUUUUGUAUACCAAUUUAUUAGAUUUUUUUCUGUUGCAUAGGUUUUUAAGGUAAAAUAAUUUUGCCAGAAGGUUUUGAAUGUGUUUUUUUUUUAUGUGGGAAUGUAGGGAAAAUGUAUGUAAUAAAGAGUAGCAUAAAAUUGAAUAAAAUCGGAGGGAAAAACACGGAAAAAUAUCAAACUUCAGCUAUAGCUUUAAAAUUUCUUUCGAUGCUUUAAAAAUCAUUAAAAAUUGUAAUCUAAUUGUAUAAUUAUUUUAUUGAAAUUUAAAGUAUUUUUUAAGUAAAAAGAAUUAAGAUUUACAUUCAUUAGCAUGAUUUUCUUUCUAACACUUAAAAUAAAUUAAUUGAUUGAAUAUAGAUAUCACAAUUGACUUUAGAGCGGGGAAAACGCAAUGAUUUGAAGGAGGUUAAUGUAGCCAAUGCAUUAAUGUUUAUUUUACUUACAAACCUUUCUCAUCUAUUCUUGCUGCAAUUUUUGAGAGUUAAAAAAUUAUCAUUUAUCUUGGAAGAAAAUAACCGGAAGGAAAUGAAAAAAAAAAAGACAUUUUUUGGAUAAAAAUCAUCAAAGAGAAUUCUCUUUCAAAAUAUCAAGCAUCAUGAGCAUUUUCUCUAAUCUCUAAAACACAAAGAAAUGAAGAAAUAGAAGUAAUUCACGUGCACGCCAUCUAGAUCCUAAAGCAUACAAUAGCAUAUCUCAAAUUCCUCACAUUACUAUAGUUAAACUAUACAAAUACAUUUAUUCUUCUUUUUAAUUUCUUCCAAAGUGAAAUUUUAUUGAAAAAAAAAUCUGCCGAAAAUAAAUUUCAAAAGUGUUUGCAAAAGAAGACUAAAAGUUAAGGAGAAAAAGAAAAUUAAAAUUGAUUUAUUGAGCAAGAAAGCAACAAAGCAAAUUGACUGAUUAAAUGUAACAGAAAAAUGCAAGAGAAAAAAAUAGGAAACAGAAAGUGCGCAAAAAUAAGCAAAAUGAAUUAAAUAAUUUAUUAAAAAAAAGAGUCACAUAAAAAAAUCCAAUGGUGUAAUAGAUUUAAUUUAUAUGAAAGAAAAUUGCUUGAGGUAUAGCAUGAAAUAGUUUGAGGAUUGCAUGAAGGGCGGAGGUGAGGGGUUAAAGAGAAUGAAGAAAAAAAUUUCCAACCAAUUAAUUACAAUUCAAAGUGUUCGAUAAAGUGGCUAUUAACAAAGAGACUAAUUCGAUUUGAUUAAAUUAAUUAAAAUAUGAACAUUAAAUAACAAGAAAAAUGGGGAGAGAUGAAUAAAAGAGGUUUAGUCAUAAUCACAAUUAAGUAAUCAUAGAACAUAGGGCAAGAGGAAUUACAUUAAAAGAAUAUUUUUUAAGAAAUGUAAAUAAAAUAUCCAAAAUUAUGUAGACAAUUCAGUUUUUUUUUAUAUUAGAUCUUUCCUUUAUUUAUAAAGUCUUCAUUGUUGAGCAUUUUUGUAAAAUUUUCAUUUUUGAAUUAAUUGGAAAUUCUUCGUGGGAAGAUAUUAUAUUUUUAUAAUAGAAUUAUUAGAUUUAAUUUUCUGUUUUAAUGAAAGUCUGCAUUCUUAUUUUAUUUUCUUUUGAAUGAUUCCUAAAGAAACAACGAAGAAAAAUCAAUUAUUUGGGAAAUUUUCAUCCCAUGAUUUUUCAAAAAUUACGCAGGUUCUUUUUGUUUGUUUGUUUAUUAUUAUUUUUAAGUUAAUUACGGAACAUUUUUUACCCACCGUUCAUUAUUAUUUUUUGUAUUAGUUUUAGGUUGUUUAGUUGCAAAUUAUGAUUAUUUUUCAUAUUAUGUUUUGUUUGUUCUUGCUCUCUAUUACUUAUUUUUUUGUUUUAUAGAAUUUCUCUCAAAAUGUUUUACUUUUCUUCAAAAAAAGAAUUGGAAUAUUUUCUAUUUUUCUUUUAAAUUAAUUCUAUAAAGGAAUUUAAAAAAUGUCCUUAAUUCAAGAUGAAAAUCUUAUUAAUGAAUAAGGAAAAAAUCUUUUACUUCAAAUCAAUUUUUUAAAAAUAAAUUAAUAUUUAAUCUUCCCACUGUAAAUUCUUUUGCAUUGCCCUGUAAAAAAACCUAAAAGAAAAUUUAUUUCAUAGAAAAAGAGUGAGAGAAUUUGCAUGAAAAAUUAAAUUUAAAUAAAAAAUCAUAAUGUUACUGAAAUAAAUGAAAAUAUUUAGAAAAAUAUUUAAGGAAAUCACUUUUAAAGGUUAAAACAAAACGUAGUUUAAUAUAGAAGGUAAAUUAAGGAGAGAAAAAGCAACAAAAAAAAGUGUAUACAAUACACUGAAAAAAAAUCUUACUAAUUUUCUAUUUUGGAAAUAGAAAAUUUAAUUUACAUGAAGUAAAAAAAAUAAAGAAAUUAAACUUUAGAUGAAAAUCAUGCUGUAUAGGAUUAAAGGUAAAAUGCUAGAAUGCAUUGUAAAAAAAAAUGAGUCGUAUAUGAAAAAUUUUUAAUUAGAUUUUUGUGUAAAUAUAGAACAUAGAAGAAAACAUAUAACAUACAUUUUUUCAAAGGACGAAAACAAGAGCAGAAAAUGAAACAUAAAAUGUGUUCAAACAAUAUUCACUACUUUACAACAAAAAGAGAGAGAGAAAUAUAUUAAAGAAAAAUACUUCUUAAGGGACAUAAAAAAGGCAUAAAAAUGAAGAUUUUAUUUUUGAGUAAAACACCACGUCAAACGUUCAUUGUUGUUUUAGUUUACUAAACUACAUUACAUGAUAGGUAUGUAGUUGAAUUAUAUAUACAAUCCUUGUAGACUUCUUUUUUUUUACAUUUAAGUACAUAGACAAGGUUACAUUAAAAUAUGAAGAUUUUUUAGGAGAGAGAGAGGAGUUUAUUUAUAUCUCAAUCCAAAUAUUAUUUUUAUUUAUAAAGAAAAAAAACAUUCUCAUUUCCAAAAUAAUUUGCCUUUCUCACACCAAUUUUGUCUUCAUUCUUUUCCUCCCAAAGAUUUAUUUAUUCACAAUACUUGCAAUUUUUUUUUCCUUUAGAGAAACCUCCUAUUUAUAAGAAAAAUACGUUUUUUUUUAACUUCUGAAAAAUACUUUGAAAAAAUCGAUUUAUAUACCUAUUUAAAUGAAACAAAAAAAAUGAAGAAGAAAAUAUAAGAAUAGAAAAAAUAUUUUUUCGCUGCAUGGUGCUACAGAUAUCGAAAUAUAUUGUAUAACAUUGAACUGCCAAUUUUAUAUAAUUAAAAAGGAAACAAGUGAGGGAGAGCAAAAUAAAGUUUAAAAAAAAUGGUUACAAGAAGUCAUAAACAGAAAAAAGAAGUAUUGGUUUUCAAAUAAAAAAAGGUUCAGUGCAAAAGGUCAAAGGACAUGGGAAUGGCAAUUAGUCCUUCGUUUAUUUUUGUUCCUUCACUAAUUUUUCACAGUGGCGGCAAUAUUUCAAAGAGUUAGAUUUUCUUUAGAGGUCAAAUGAAAUCAUUUUAAGGUCAAAAAUUACAAAGAAGAAAUAUUGAAAUUAAAGAAUUUUAAACGUUCUCUUUGAUUAGAUUUUAGGCUACGCUCUUGUAGCUUUCCAUCUUCUUCAAGACUUGAAAAAUUGUCAAAUUUUGAGCCUUAAUUCAGUGAUCAAGAAACUCCUGAAUCUUUGAUUUUCUUUUACUGAAAUUUAAAGAUUUCAAACAAAUUUAAGUCGCUGAAUUAAGGCCCUUUGUCAGACUUUCUUUUUCUUCAAAAUCAAUAAAAGAAACUUUUCCUUUAAUUUACGUUCUAAUUGCCAAGCUCAAAUGCCUUUGUCCAGGGGACAGCUUAUUGAAAUGUAAGAAGAAAUAAAAAUUGAACGUUUUAUUGACAGAGCAAAAAAAAAAGAAGUUUUCUAAACGAAAUAAAAGAAAUAUUUAUUUUGCUGCAAGAAACCUUUAUUUUUUUCUGUGUUGGACGAUAGAAGAGAAAAACUGUUUAAAAAAAAUUGCCGUAAAUAAUGGAAUUGAUGGAAUUUAAGUUACUAUAUAAACUAAACAAGAGGAAUUAGCCGUGAAAAAUAUUACCUUUACGCAAGAACCUAAAUGAAAAGAAAAAAAAUGAACCUGUAUUUUUUAAAAAUAAAACAAGAUAAUAAAUCAUUAAAGAAAAAUCUUCAUAUUGGAAUGAAAAAAAAAAUUAGAAAUAGAAACAGAAAAAUAUAUAUUUUUGAUCUUUCGUGGAAAUAGUUUAAGAGCAACCAGUUGAAAAUAUAAAGAAGAAAAAAAUCUCCAGUGUAUUAAAUUCUUCACUCAAAGCAAAAUAAAAAGAAAACUGAAAUGAAAAAAAAAAGUUAAAUUUGUUCGUUGCAAGAGUGAGAAAGUUAAUAUAUAUUUUGUGGUGUAAAUAAUCCAUCAAUUUCCUAUUAUAUCUACAUAUAAUUACUUAUAAAUCUAAACAUAGCCACUGAAAACACAGAGACAAGAAAAAAAAGUUAAAACCAAAUAGCUAAAGAAAAAAAAAUGAAUAAAUAGAGAAAGAAAAAUGAUUUAAGAUGAAUAUUUAAUGAAGAAGAAAAAGAAACUAAAAGGAGAAAACAAGAGAUAAAAAAUAUGUGGAAAUUAUGUGUUCUUUAUAUUUUAUAAGAAUUAUAAAAUAAACAAAAAAAAUCACUAUACACACACAUUGAAAGUUUUACCUAAAAAAGAAGAAUAAAAAUAAUGCUAAAGAAUAGUAAAAGAAAAACACGAUAAAAAUUAUUUUGAAAAAGAAAUAAAUCAUCUAAGAUGUAGAUUUAGGAAAAGAAAAAAGUAUACAUAAAAACAUUUUUUAAAUAUACAAUAAAAUUAUUUUACUAAAGAGAAAUAACUAUAAAAAAACAUUAUAUUAUAUGAUACUCCUAAACGUAGUGAGAAAAAAAAAUGAUUUUGUGAAGUUUUUUCUUUUUCAAAAUUCCUCAAAAAAAUUGGAGUAAAAGAAAAAAAAUAAUGUAAAACUUUUCAAAAUUAUUAUACUAUUAAAAAAAAAUAAAUAAAGAAUAAAAACUCCAUGGAGUGGCAGAUUUUUUACGACUAAAUUAAGAGAGCAUGUAGACAGUAAAAAAAAGGUAGUAAAUUAAGUUAAAAGAAAAAUGGAAAAAAAAGUUUGAAAAACUCCCAAAAAAAAGAAUUAAAAAGAAUUGAAAAAAAACUAUAAAAUGUAGUUUAAAUUAGAUUUCUACUUAGAUAGCCAAUUAUACAUGAUUAUCGAUGAAUAUUUUAGGUUGAUAACAUUUAAUCUUAAAUUAAACUGUAUUUAUGAUAAAAAGAAAUCCACAUAAAUUAUUAUAUUACUUUUAGAAUGUAUAAAAAAAAAUGCUAAAAUGCAAAAAUUUGGUACAGUAAAUGCCGGGAAAAAAUGAAAAUGCAGCAAAAGAACUUCCUCGUUGAGAAUUUUCCGGGGGAUUCUUUUUGAUUUUCAUUUAUAUUUAUUAAGCAAGGAAGAAGAAAAAAAAAACUUUAGUGGUUUAAUCAUUAACUUUCAAUUGUUGUAUUUAUUUCAUUUUGAUUCCUCAUAAGAAAAAAAAUCUGAAACUGAUUUAAGAAGAUUGACUAAAAGAGAAAAAAAAACACGACUUUACGUAAAAGAGUGAAAAAUUAAUUCCACAAAGAUUUUAUUUAAGAAUUUAAACAAACAAUUUAGAUGAGAAAUUUUUAAGGAAUUCGCGCAGAAUUGUAGUUACUUUUUUUUUGUUUAUUUUUAACAGUAAUGCCAUUUAUAUUUAUUUUAUUAUUUUAUGUUUUCCUAAUAAACUAUUUUAAUGAAAACAUUUUUUUGUUCGUCGUAAGUUAAAAGAAAAAAAAUGUAGCGUGAGUGAGCAAAAUAUUAUUAUAUUGAAAAUAAAAAAUCUAUAUAUAUUUAAGGUUUAAAAGAAAGAAAAAAAAGAGAAAAAAAGAACAUUAGCUUGUAAGUUUUCUAAAAUUAAUUAAAUUGAAUGAUAAUAAGUAAAAAAAAA